AUGCCCCCCUCUUCCUCUACUUCUUCAUUUUGGGACGCAAUCCAGUACCGGAAGCUCCUCCAAAUGAUCCUUGUCCUCGGGAUUGGAGGGACCUUCCAGGCCGGGUUCCAGGUCUCCAUGAUCACCUUCACUUCCCCACACGUGAAGGCCUUCCUCAAUUCCACUUUCCGGGACCCCGUCCCCCCCGAGACCCUCACUUUCCUCUGGUCCUUGGUCGUCUCCAUCUUCGCCUUCGGGGGCCUCUUGGGCUCCAUCCUCAGCGGCUACUUGGCCACCAAAUACGGCAAGAAGAAGUGCCUUCUGGGCAACAACCUUGCGAUGCUGGCCGCCUCUCUGCUGCUCGCCUCCAGCCGGUGGGCCGCUUCCUUCGAGCUGAUCCUCGCCGGACGCUUCCUGUGCGGAUUCUGCGUUGGGCUGGGGAUCCCCUUGCACCCGCAGUACCUGGGGGAGGUCUCCCCGAAAUCCCUCCGGGGCUUCGCCAAUGCCACCGCCUCCACUUUCUGGAGUUUGGGGAAGGUCUGCGGACAGGUGACCGGACAGAGGGAGGUCCUGGGCUCGGCUGACCGCUGGCCCUUCCUGAUGGCCUUCAGCGGCCUCCCGGCCUUGGUCCAGCUCCUGACGCUGCCCUUCUUCCCGGAGUCUCCGCCCGACCUCUUCUUGUGUCGAGGAGACGAGCAGCGCAGCCGGGAAGCCAUGGAGGCCUAUUGGGGCGCAGGGAAGCCAUGGCGGAUCCAGGAGGAGAUGGAGGACCUUUGGCGGCAGAAGGCCAGCGGUGUCACCUGCUCCUCGGCGGGAGGUCCCCGGGCCUGCUGGUCUUUGUUCCGGGAGCGGUCCCACCGCCGGCAGCUCUGCCUGCUGAUCCUGCUGACCGCGGGCGUCCAGCUGAGCGGCAUUCAGGCAAUCUACAGCUACACCUUCGAGGUCCUGAGCGCGGUCGGGUUCCAAGAGGACGACAUCCCCUCCUUGUCCAUGGGCCUCAGCGCCUUCGAGCUGCUCUCGGCCCUCCUCUGCAGUGCUGUCAUUGAGCGGUUUGGGCGCCGGGUCUUGCUGUGGGGCGGAUACUGGGUCAUGGCCACCGUCCUGGCCGGACUCACCUUGACCCUCUCCUUACAGCAUUUGCAGCCUUGGAUUCCUUACUGCAGCCUUGGCCUCAUUUUUGGCUUUGUCUUCUCGUUCGGGAUGGGACCAGCAGGGGCCACGGCGUCCGUCCGCAUGGAGAUCUUUGACCAGGCCUCGAGACCCUCCUCCUUCGUCUUCAGCGCAGUCUUGAAUUGGGUCGGGACCCUCGUCAUCGGGAUGGUCUUCCCCUUCAUUGUGGAACACUUUGGCCAGUUCUGCUUCCUGCUUCUCAUGGCCGUCUUGUAUCUCUCCGGUUUCCUCGUUUACUUCUACCUUCCGGAAACCAAAGAGAAGUCGAUCAUGGAAAUCCGGAAGGAAUUCGACAAGAUCAAUUUCAAGAAGGAAUUGGAAACGAGCGCUGCCCCAGACGCCCCCGCCUUCUGCACCAAAUUAUAA